UUGAAAUACACAGUUUACGUCAAUGCGGUACCGAAAAGACUUAUUUGGGACAUCUACACUGAUAUAUAGGAAUAUUGUCAUUCAUGCAAAAGUGCUGCACUAUGGCUUGGUAGCACCUUGCAGCACAACAUGGGGAUUGGGACUCAGCUCUUGCUCCUGCUCUGGAAGAACAUCACUUACCGCAGGAGGAACAAGAUCCAGUUGAUUAUCGAGCUGGUCUGGCCUCUGUUCCUGUUCCUCAUCCUCAUCUCAGUGCGUCACUCUCAUCCUCCCUACAAACAGAGCAAAUGUCAUUUCCCCAACAAGGCACUUCCCUCAGCAGGCACCCUGCCAUGGGUUCAGGGGAUCAUCUGCAACAUCAACAACCCCUGCUUCCACAGCCCCACUCAGGGGGAGACCCCAGGGCGGGUGGGCAACUUUGACAACUCCAUACUCUCUCGACUCUUAGUGGACUCCCAGACAAUCUUGUCCUACAGUGGUAACCAGACAGCCUUCUCUGGCUUUCAGGACCUUCUAGAUACUAUACGGAGACUUGGAGAGAGGCCAGGCACCUGGCCAAAUCUUCCUGUGGGAGAAUACCUGCGAGCCAAUCAGACCUUCUCCAACUUUCUCUUGACCAAUGGCAGCCUGUCUCCCUCUGCCCUAGACCAGCUGUUUAGGGCUCGCCUGAACUUUCAGGUGGUGUCUCUGGCAGGCACUGGAGUGAUGCUGAAGGACAUUGUGUGCAAUUCCACUGUGCUGAGCCAGUUCCUCACUGUAGAUCAAGAGGAUUCUAUGGCGGAGCUGCAGAGCCAGCUCUGUGCCAUCCCAGCCGACUCCCUGCAGCAAGCAGAGCAGCUCUUCCUCUCCCAGCUGGACUUCAGCAAGUUCUUCACGAGAGACAGACUGAGGGCCAACGCCGGUGACCUCCGGGUCAUCAGUCAAGCGGUCACCUCCGUGUCCAAGGAGUUGGCAGUACUCAUGGAUGACCUGUCCUCUCUCUCCAGCUUUAGGGAGUUGAACUCGGAGCUGCGUCUGCUCUCGCCAGAGAACCGCUCGGCCCUGCCGCGGGAGAGCUUCAGGGCCUUCUCCAGGAUUAUGUGUGGCCACCCUGAGGUGGGCGGCGAGAGGAUCCCUUCACUCAACUGGUACGAGGACAACGACAUCAAGUCCUUUCUGGGCAAGAACGGCACCGAGGACAACAACAUGGACAAGGACAACGUCACCACCCCGUACUGUAAAAGCUUGAUCCAGAGCCUGGAGUCCAACCCACUGUCUCGCAUCGUGUGGCGAGGGAUCAAGCCCCUGUUCAUUGGCAAGCUGCUGUACACACCAGACACCCCUGCCGUACACAACGUCAUGAAAGAGGUGAACAAGACCUUCCAGGACCUGCAGAUCCUACAGGAGCUGAAUGGUGCCUGGAUGGAGGUGGGACCUGGUAUCAAGACCUACAUGGAGAGUAGUGUGGAGAUACAGCUGCUGCAGGAUCUGCUGAGGCGGCCAGAGGUAGCCGUGUUGGUCAACCUGCAGCUGGAGGACACUCCCUGGACGGCCAAGCGCAUUGCCCGCUUCCUGUCCACGCCCAACGAACCCAGGAAAGAAGGAGCGCCCCCUACCUGGCUGGAUGUGUACACCGACCUGAACAACACCAUCACCACCCUGGCUCAAGUCACCCAAUGUUUCUCCCUGAACAAGCUGGAGGGUGCUGCCACAGAGGGCCAGAUGAUUGACAGGGCCUUGGAGCUGCUGGGGGAGAGAGAGUUCUGGGCUGGGAUAGUGUUCCUCCUGCCCAAUACCACCUCACCCGAUCUGCCCCCUCACGUCACAUACAAGAUCCGUAUGGACAUCGACGAUGUCGCACGCACCAACAAGAUCAAGGACAGGUUCUGGGACCCAGGCCCAGCAGCGGACCCCUUCAGUGACAUGCGCUACAUCUGGGGGGGCUUUGUGUACGUACAGGACCUGGUGGAGAGAGCUGUGGCCCGCGUGCUGAGUGGUGUGGAGCAGACCACUGGCCUCUACAUCCAGCAGAUGCCCUACCCCUGCUACGUGGAUGACGUUUUCCUACGUGUGCUGAACCGCUCGCUGCCCCUGUUCAUGACGCUGGCGUGGAUCUACUCGGUGGCCAUGAUCAUCAAGGGCGUGGUGUACGAGAAGGAGGCGCGGCUCAAGGAGACCAUGAGGAUCAUGGGGCUUGGUACAGGCCAGCUGUGGGUCAGCUGGUUCAUCAGCAGCCUGGUGCCCUUCCUGGUCAGCGCCGGCCUCCUCAUUGCUCUGCUCAAGUGGGGGGACAUCCUGCCCUACAGCAACCCGACUGUGGUGUUCUUCUUCCUGACGGCUUUCGCUACGGCCACCAUCAUGCAGUGUUUCCUCAUCAGCACCUUCUUCUCCCGGGCCAACCUGGCGGCCGCCUGCGGAGGCCUCAUCUACUUCGCCCUCUACCUGCCCUACGUGCUGUGUGUGGCCUGGAGAGACCACCUCACCACCACACACCGUGUCCUAGCCAGCCUGUUUUCCCCUGUGGCCUUUGGCUUUGGCUGUGAGUAUUUCUCCCAGUACGAGGAGCAAGGAGUGGGCAUCCAGUGGUUCAACCUGCAUUCCAGCCCCAUGGAGGGAGACACCUACAAUUUCACCACGUCCAUAAUCAUGCUGCAUAUCGAUGCAUGUAUCUACGCUCUGGCCACCUGGUACAUUGAAGCUGUUUUCCCAGGUGAAUAUGGGGUGCCCAGGCCAUGGAAUUUCGUGUUCAGUUUGAACUAUUGGGGAGGAAUUCCUCUAGAGGCCGGCAUACCCAUCCCUCCUGCUCCCAGAGGACAGGGAGGAGAUCGAAUCGAAGCCGACCCCUCUCACCUCAUACUGGGUGUGGCCAUCCGCAACCUGGUCAAAAUCUAUAAGCAAGGCGCCAAGCUGGCGGUCAACCACCUCAAUCUCAAGUUCUACGAAGGCCAGAUCACCUCUUUCCUGGGGCACAACGGUGCUGGCAAAACAACCACCAUGUCUAUCCUGACGGGUCUGUUUCCCCCCACGGCUGGGACCGUGUACAUUAAGGGCAUGGACAUCCGCACUGACAUGGACAUCAUCAGGAAGACCCUGGGAGUGUGUCCUCAGCACAAUGUCCUUUUUGACAUUCUGACCGUAGAGGAGCAUGUGUGGUUCUAUGGUCGUCUGAAGGGCCUAUCAGGCGACGAGGUGAGGAAGGAGUUGGACACUCUCCUGGAGGACGUGGGCCUGCUGCACAAACGCCACGAACAGACCAGGAACCUGUCUGGUGGUAUGCAGAGGAAGCUGUCGGUGGCCAUAGCAUUUGUGGGGGGCUCUAAGGUGGUGGUCCUGGAUGAGCCCACAGCUGGGGUGGACCCCUAUUCCCGUCGAGGCAUUUGGGACCUGCUGCUCAAGUACCGCAAAGAUCGCACCAUCAUCCUCUCCACCCACUACAUGGAUGAGGCUGACCUUCUCGGAGACCGCAUAGCCAUCAUCUCCCAGGGGAAGCUGUGCUGCUGCGGCUCCCCUCUCUUCCUCAAGGCCAAGCUGGGGAUGGGCUACUACCUCACCGUCGUCAAGAAGGAGGGACUGGAUACUCGAACCCCCAGUAGUGCCAGCGCUACCAAACUGCCCCCUGCCACAAAGGACAGCGACUCCUCCAUGAGUGACGACACAGGAUUGGGCAGUGAUGUUAGCGGCUCAGAUCUGGCCGCCCUGUUGGCCCUGGUGCAGCGUCACAUCCCCGGGGCCCGGCUGGUGGAGGACGUGGGGCGUGAGGCGGUCAUCAACCUGCCCCAGAAGUCGGUAGAGGACAGCAGCCUGGCCAUCUUCCUCACCGAGCUUGACAGGAGGCAAGCUGAUCUGGGCAUCACCAGCUACGGCCUGUCUGACACCACCCUGGAGGAGAUCUUUCUGAGAGUGGCUGAGGAGACGGGGGUGGACGUGGACCCAGAGGAGAGCCCGGGACAAGCCGACACGCCCCAGGGGCAGGGUCAAGGACAGGGUCAAGGACAGGGCUUGUCUGGAGAGCCAUCUGAGGAUCCAGGAAUGAAACGGCUUCGCAAGCAAGAGCCCCAGGAGACAGACCUGCUGAGCGGGGAUGGCCAUGGCGGAGUCCCUCUGACCGGGUGGGGCUUGACGUGGCAGCAGCUGCGUGCACUCUUCAUCAAGAGGUGGCUGUACGCCCUCCGCAGUCGCAGGGGCUUCUUCGCUCAGAUCGUGCUGCCUGCUGUGUUUGUGUUGAUUGCUUUGCUCUUCAGCCUCAUCGUCCCUCCGUUCGGAAAGUACCCCUCGCUCCAGCUGCAGCCCUGGAUGUAUGGCGAACAGUACACUUUCUUCAGCAACGAUGCCCCUGGGGAUCCUGCCAUUCAGAAUCUGCUGGAUGCCCUUCUCGACCGGCCUGGAUUUGGAACCAAGUGCAUGGAAAACAGCAUGGAUCCUCAAUGUUUGCAGGAGGAGGAAGGCAUGUUCAUGAGGCCCCAGAUUCUCUACUCCACCUGGCAGCUCUUCAACAGAGGCAACUGGACUGCAGACAAGCCCUCUCCUGACUGUGAGUGCAGCUCUGAGGAGGUCCGCAGGAUGCUACCAGACUGCCCCGAAGGAGCCGGAGGCAUCCCCCCUCCACAGAGCCAGAGAUUGACAGGGGAUAUCCUGCAGAAUAUGACCGGCCGCAAUAUCUCGGACUACCUGGUCAAGACUUACCCUCAGAUAAUGAAGAAAAGCCUAACUUCAGCCACUAAGAAGUGGAUCAAUGAAUUCAGAUAUGGGGGCUUCUCUCUGGGGGGCAGAGGCACUCAGGCUGUCCCACAGGCCUACCAAAUGGAGGACUCAGUCAUGUCUAUACGGUCACGUUACAGAGUGGCACAGAAUAGCUCAUUGGAUCAGCUCCUGGGUCGCCUACCAGAGUUUCUGGGUGGACUGAAUAGUCAGAACAAUGUUAAGGUGUGGUAUAACAACAAGGGUUGGCACGCCAUGGCAUCGUUUGUCAAUGUCAUGAACAAUGGCCUGCUCCGUGCCAGCCUGCCCCCAGGGCCAGAGCGAAUGAAGCAUGGCAUAACCGCCUACAACCACCCCCUCAACCUCACCAAGGAACAGCUCACUGAAAUUGCCAUGAUGACCACCUCAGUAGAUGUUCUGGUGUCCAUCUGUGUGAUCUUCUCCAUGUCCUUUGUGCCGGCCAGCUUCGUGCUGUUUCUCAUCGAGGAGAGGGUCAGCAAAGCCAAGCACCUUCAGUUUGUCAGCGGAGUCCGGCCCAUUCUCUACUGGCUGGCCAACUUCACCUGGGACAUGCUGAACUAUACAGUCCCGGCCACUAUGGUGGUCCUCAUCUUCAUUUGCUUCCAGCAACAGUCCUACGUGUCUGAAACCAACCUCCCUGCUCUGGUCCUGUUGCUCUUGCUUUAUGGCUGGUCUAUCACUCCUCUCAUGUAUCCAGCCUCCUUCCUGUUCAGUGUCCCCAGCACUGCCUAUGUUGUCCUCACCUCAAUCAACCUCUUUAUCGGGAUCAACGGCAGCAUCGCCACCUUUGUCUUGGAGCUGUUCGUAGAUCAGCACUUGAACGAUAUCAACAAGAUCCUAAAGAAAGUCUUCCUGAUCUUCCCCCACUUCUGUCUGGGCCGAGGCCUCAUCGACAUGGCUAAGAACCAGGCUAUGUCGGACGCUUUCCAGAGACUGGGCACAAAGCAGACCCUGGACCCCCUGGAAUGGGACUUUGUGGGGAAGAACUUGUUUGCCAUGGCUGUGGAGGGAGUCGUGUUCUUUCUCUUCACAAUACUGCUACAGUACAAGUUCUUCAUCAACUGCAGGCCCUGCUCAGAGCCUGAGCUGCCCCCUCUUGGCCCAGAGGACGAGGACAUCGCCAGGGAGAGAGAGAGGGUGAAGAGUGGGAAAGCCCAAGCCGAUAUACUCACCAUGAUGGACCUGAGUAAGGUGUACAAAGCUGGCAAGAAGCCAGCAGUGGAUCGUCUGUGUCUGGGUAUUCCUCGUGGGGAGUGCUUUGGGCUGCUGGGGGUAAACGGGGCUGGGAAGACCUCCACGUUUCGCAUGCUGACUGGAGACACAGCGAUCACCUAUGGAGAAGCAUUUCUCAGUCAUCACAGUGUGCUGACUGAGAUGGAGCGGGUCCACCAGCUGAUGGGCUACUGCCCCCAGUUUGAUGCCAUCUGCGACCUGCUGACUGGCAGGGAGCACCUGGAAUUCUACGCCAGGCUCCGAGGGGUGCCAGAGGAGUCUGUGGCCAAGGUGGCUCAAUGGGGAGUGAAGAAGCUGGGGCUGACCCAGUACGCAGAGCGAGAGGCCGGAGGCUACAGCGGAGGCAACAAACGCAAACUCUCCACUGCCAUCUCCCUGAUCGGAGCUCCUCCUGUUAUAUUCCUGGAUGAGCCCACCACUGGCAUGGAUCCCAAGGCCAAGAGAUUCCUGUGGAACUGCAUCCUGAGCGUCAUCAAGGAAGGAAGGGCCGUUGUUCUCACCUCCCACAGUAUGGAGGAAUGCGAAGCUCUCUGCACUCGAAUGGCCAUCAUGGUGAACGGAAGGUUCCAGUGUCUGGGCUCCGUUCAGCACCUUAAGAACAGGUUCGGGGACGGCUACACGAUCGUCCUGCGCCUGUCGGGGACCAAUCCACCCAAGCCUCCCGAGGACCCGUGCCCGGUGGACACCUACAUCAAGGGCUCCUUCCCGGGCAUCGAGCUAAAGGAGAGGCACCAGAACGUGCUGCAGUACCAGCUGCCCUCCAACGCCUGCUCCUUGGCGCGGGUCUUCGAUGUGCUUUCCAACAACCACGAGGAGCUGGGCAUUGCCGACUACUCAGUGUCACAGACCACCCUGGACCAGGUGUUUGUCAACUUUGCCAAGGAGCAGAGCGAUGAAGACCGGCUGAGGGAAGUGACGGUCAACGGUGGGACACCAGCACCUCAACCCAGAAGAGUGGCCCAGCCCACCCAACUAGGGCAGACAGCCAAACCAGCCCAAACAACCAAGCCUCUCCAGUCUGUCAAGUCCUCAGACGGCAGACCCAGAGAGACCAAACCAAACGGGGUCACGGACAGUGGCAUGGCGAUGACAAGCAGGCCACAGGAGAAGCCCGAGUCGAGCAGGGGAUCGAGCAGGGGAUCGAGCAGGGGAGAGAGCAGGGGAGAGAGCAGGAGAGAGUCGAGUAGUAGGAGGUCAAGCAGGGAAUCGUCCGCCAACGGAUCCAAGGGCACAAGGGAGACUUCAGGCAAUAAGGAUCCGACCAGUCUGUUCCUAGUGGGUAGCAACACACAAGACAGCAGUGUGUAAAGUUAUUGGGGCACAGCCCCCUGAAUGGACAGAACGGGAUCUCUGUGCCCCUGUGUCCUCUAGGAGAGGGGAGGGAAGUACUACCGGAUAGCUCCUCUAAUGUCUGGGUGUGGUGCCUUGUUCAUUCUCCAUCACAGCUAUAGUGUAGUGGUCCAAUACCUCCAAACUAGUUGUAUUCACCUCCAAUUACUUACAGGCACUUUCAUGGUUCAGGUCUUUCGUUUAUUAUUUACUUUUUAUUUGGCAUUUCAAUUUCCAAUGAAUGAUGAAAAAGUGGUGUUCCUCAUGUGUCAAUCAAAGAGUCUUUCAAUAUCUUAGCAUUUGCAUUUUGCCUAAAGCACUUUAACUGAGAAAUGCUGCACACAAUCUUACCGAUGAUUUGUUACAUUAUCGCUGAAGAUGUUCAGGGCAACAAAAUCAUCGUCAAUAUCUUUUCACAUUGGUCUCAUGUUUUGCACAGAGACAAAAACAUAUUUUUUUCUGGUGUCCAGUCACUUUUAUUAUUUGACGCUAAAAACGUAGUUUACUUGCACUGGCACAACAUUGAGAUGUACAGUUACCAGACUGCGUACCAGACUCCAAACACUGCCUUCAUUAGGUCAACUGUUGUUUUUAUAUUUGUUUUUUAUCUUUCAAUUGGGCUCAUGUUAUACUGAAUGGAACUUGAGAAAAAAAAUAUGUAGCUGUAAAUCCAAAGCAGUUUACUACUGUACUGUAGUCUGACGUAUUGGCGAGAUUGUUACAAUAACUGAUAGGCAUGUGUAGAAUAUCUGUACAUACAAUUGAAUGUAUGGUCUUAUGAUGUAUAUUAUGCUUGAACAUUCAUACUUGAAUAUGUGUGUGAUUAUUUA